GCCUUCCUGCGAGCGCGGGAGCCGGAGGGGCCGCUCGGCCCGCGCCCCUCGGAGGCGGACUCCAGGCAGACCUGGUGGUCAGGGACUGAGACGGUCCGGACUUGACGUCCCUCAGCCUCAGCCGGCAGCUGGGCCAUUUCAGUCCGCCCCUCUUCUUCAAUAGCAGGAUCAGGUGGCCGACCAUGACGGAGAACUCCACGUCUGUCCCUGCAGCCAAGCCCAAGAGGGCCAAGGCCUCCAAGAAGUCCACGGACCACCCCAAGUAUUCAGACAUGAUCGUGGCUGCCAUCCAGGCAGAAAAGAACAGGGCUGGCUCCUCGCGCCAGUCCAUCCAGAAGUACAUCAAGAGCCACUACAAGGUGGGUGAGAAUGCGGACUCCCAGAUCAAGCUGUCCAUCAAGCGCCUGGUCACCACCGGGGUGCUUAAGCAGACCAAAGGGGUGGGAGCCUCAGGCUCCUUUCGGCUCGCCAAGAGCGAUGAGCCCAAGAGACCAGUGGCCUUCAAGAAGACCAAAAAGGAAGUCAGGAAGGUGGCCACCCCCAAGAAAGCAGUGAAACCGAAGAAGGCUGCUUCCAAAGCCCCCAGUAAGAAACCCAGAGCCACUCCCGCCAAGAAAGCCAAGAAGAAGCCGGUUGCCACGCCCAAGAAAGCCAAGAAACCCAAGACGGUCAAAGCCAAGCCAGUGAAGGCAUCCAAACCCAAGAAGGCCAAAUCUGGGAAGCCCAAGGCCAAGUCCAGUGCUAAGAGGUCCGGCAAGAAGAAGUGACACUGGGGCCCUUUUCUGUGGACCCUCAUUCCCACCUCUUUCCUCUGUAAAUACUUCCUGCCCUCUCGCUCUGGUCUGUAAGCCUUUGCCCCCUUCUCUUUGACUUGAUAAAGAGACAACUUGGACUCCUCAGACAUAAGGACAAAUCGAUUUCUUUCUGGAACCAAUCAUGCAAGGCCAGCAACAAUAAAUCUCAUCUCUCUUGA